UCUCUUUUUCCUCUCUCCAUCUCUCUCUCUCUCUCUCUGGUUCUGGGUGGAAGCUUUACGUGAUCCCACUACCUAUCGUAGUCGGUCCGUCGAAAUGGAUUCUCUGGGAAUAAUCUCUUCAGCAUCAAUCUUGUUUCCUUUCUGCUUCAUAUUCGGAUGUGGUUUCGAUUUCCUUUCCAGAGCCACAUAAAAAGAGUUCAAUCUCUCCCAAUUUCAGACUUGAAAGGGGAGAGGAGGAAGAGGGGAAAGAUCAAAAUGGGGAAUAGAGGAAGCAGCAACAGCAACGGAGGUAACAGUGGCAGGCGGAGACACCGAAAUCAUCAUCAUAAUCAUAAUCAUAAUCACAAUCAUAAUCAUCAAAACGGUCACCCAUCAACGCCGCCUCCGCAACCUCCUCAAUCUGAAACCACCGGAAGUCGCUACGUCUUCGCCGCUGCUACCCCAUAUCCUCCUCAUUACCCAAACCCUAACCCAUCUCACUACUACCAGUACUCCGGAUACUACCCACCACCACCACCUCAUGUCCCGUUGCCAGCCCCUUUGGAUCACGUCCUCCUCCGCCAUGCUAGUUCCGAUUCUGCGGCCCAGGCGAACUGGGUUGCGGGUGGUCGAUACCCUUGUGGUCCUAUUCCCCUUCCCCAACCUUACGUCGAGCAUCAGAAGGCCGUUACCAUUCGUAACGAUGUUAAUCUCAAGAAGGAGAGUUUGAGGGUCGAGCCUGACGGGGAGAACCCCGGCCAGUUCCUUGUUGCCUUCACCUUUGAUGCCACUGUUGCUGGAAGCAUCACUGUAAUCUUCUUUGCAAAAGAAGGUACAGACUGUAGCCUUACACCACUGAAGGAAAACCUGCAACCAGUCACAGUAUCCUUUAAAAAAGGUCUGGGUCAGAAGUUCAGGCAGCCAUCAGGAACUGGAAUUGACUUCUCAAUGUUUGAGGAAACUGAAUUAACAAAAGAGGGUGAUGUGGAAGUGUAUCCCCUUGCUGUGAAGGCAGAGGCAAUGCAUCAUGACCAUAAUGAAUCUGAGGCAGAAAACCAGAAGCCUGAAAAUUCACAGAUCACCCAAGCCAUCUUUGAAAAGGAGAAAGGUGAGCUCCAUGUGAGGGUGGUGAAGCAAAUUCUGUGGGUGAAUGCAAUGAGGUAUGAGCUACAGGAAAUUUACGGGAUAGGAAAUUCAGUCGAAAGUGACUUUGAUGGAAAUGACUCAGGGAAGGAAUGUGUCAUCUGCCUGUCAGAACCACGGGACACAACUGUGCUACCUUGCCGACAUAUGUGUAUGUGUAGUGGCUGUGCCAAGGUUUUGAGGUACCAAACAGACCGAUGCCCAAUCUGCCGGCAACCAGUUGCCCGACUUCUGGAGAUAAAGGUCAACAACAGACCUGAUGAGUGAAAAGAGUAGGUGUUACUGAUGCAAACAAUGUUGUAAAGUUCUUUAUGUUAGUUACACCUUCCAUACUCCCCUUUCCAUACCAGUCUUGCAAAAUAAUCAGACUGAAAGCAUGUCAUGGUACGCAGUUUUUGGGCUCUACCUUGGAAGUAAUGUUCUUCCACGUGUGGGUAUGUUCUUUCCUGAAAGACAAUUAUAUUUUUUCUUAAUAUAGGUGAGCAAGAAGAUGGUGUUUUUGAAUCCAGAAAAAUGGAUUCACCAAAAUUGAUGGAAA